CCGUUCUCUUUCCGCUGCGCCGCGCUCGUCGUCGAGGCCCCGUCGCCGCCGCCGCACCGAGCUCUGCUCCCUCCUCUUCCCCCUUCCCGCCGCUGCGCCUCCCGCCAUGGCCAACCCCGUCGUCUUCUUCGACAUCACCGCCAACGGCGAGCCCCUGGGCCGCGUCACCUUCGAGCUGUUUGCAGACAAGGUCCCAAAGACAGCAGAAAACUUCCGUGCUCUGAGCACUGGUGAGAAAGGAUUCGGUUACAAGGGGUCCUGCUUCCACAGAAUCAUUCCUGGGUUCAUGUGCCAGGGUGGUGACUUCACGCGCCACAAUGGAACUGGUGGCAAGUCCAUUUAUGGGGAGAAGUUCCCUGAUGAGAACUUCAUCCUGAAGCACACGGGUCCUGGCAUCUUGUCCAUGGCAAACGCUGGCCCCAACACAAAUGGAUCCCAGUUCUUCAUCUGCACUGCCAAGACUGAGUGGUUGGAUGGCAAGCAUGUAGUCUUUGGCCGCGUCAAGGAGGGGAUGAACGUGGUGGAGGCCAUGGAGCGCUGCGGAUCAAAAGAUGGCAAAACGAGCAAGAAGAUCAUCAUUUCCGAUUGUGGGCAGCUCUCAUAAAAACAAAACAAAAACAAAACCUGUUGUCUUAAUGACCAACCAUUCCUUCUGUAGCCUGGGCUAGCGCCUCCUGGUGCGACUCAGCCCCUGUAAUCCUCGUGCUCCUGACUUACUGCUGCGUUUCUAUUUCCCCCCCCCCCCCCCACAUUCACAGUCCAGUGCGACUGCAGAGUUAACGUUUAUGAGUCUAAAUAAAAUCGAGUUAAACCACA